AUGGAGGACCUGGUCACUGGCAGACUCAUCUUCAUGCGCUAUUUCACUCUAGUGUGGCUGCUGGUGAUGACUGUGUUAGGAGUGCCUGGAAACUUACUGGUGUUGGCUUCACUGGUUUUCAUGAGUCAUCUGCGACAACUGGCCCACCUAUUCCUGGCCAACCUGGCCCUGUUUGACCUUGGGGUCAUGUUCAUGAACUGCAUUGCCCUUACGGGGGUGGUGUGGGGGGACUCAGUGAUGAGGGAUAAUCCAGUGUUGUGUGAGGUGUCUGGAAUAAUUUGUAUGGUGGCUUGUUUCGGAAGUCUAUGGACUAUGAUGUUUGUCGCCAUCAACAGGUUCAUCUUCAUCUGCAAGAACGAGUGGUACAGUCGUCUGUUCGGAAUGAAGGGCACCCUGCUCUCCCUCCUCGUCAUCUGGGUCUGUGUCUGUCUCCUGGACCUCGCAAACUACCCUGGAGUGGGCUACGGGGGACACACUUUCAACCCACCACUUCUCCACUGCAGCUUCACCCUGGACAACUCGUGGUGGUACAACACCAUCAUAUACACUGGAGUGGCUCUUACCCUCCCCAUCUUUGUCAUCUCCUACUGCUACUACCAUAUAUGGAGACUAGCCUCCAAAAGGAGUGGCGCGACUAGUGAGAAACGAAGGCGGGAACAGAGGCAGCUGCUGCUCUCUCUCCUCACCCUCCUGGCCGCAUUCGUGGUCACGUGGUCCCCUCUAGCGGUGGUACUACUGCUGGCGGGCAUCACCCCACAAUAUAACAACUUCAUACCAGAAGGUACCCCGGGUCGAAGUCCCAGACUUAUAUGUCCAGACACUCCCAGCGACUCCCCGGAUUUUAGGGACUUCCCAGAGUUUAGUGACUAUUUUUUGUUAUAA